AUGGUGAAGUUGGAAGAGGCACGGCAGAAUGCCAACGCGAACAUGGUGAUCAUGCUCAUCGGCAACAAAUGUGACCUCGACCGCCGCGAGGUCACCUAUGAGGAAGGGGCCCAGUUUGCACGAGACCACGGCCUAAUCUUCAGAGAGACCUCGGCCAAGACGGCGCAGAACGUCGAGGAGGCCUUCAUUCAGACGGCCCGGAAGAUCUACGAGAACAUCCAAAACAACGUCUACGAUCUCAGCAGCGAGAGCAGCGGCAUCAAAGUGGGCAUGCCACCGUCAGGCUCGGGCUACCAGCACGGACCUCCGCGCGUGGACCGGAACACUGCUGGCUGCUGCAGCAACUGA